AUGUAUGGGAGGGAAUUGGUGGAUCUGCGGAAGGAAAGUCGGUGGGAGUUCCUCAAUACACUCUUCUCUGUGUCAGAAGCGGUUGCAUAUAUGCAGAUGGUUGAUAGAUUGGAUGAUGGAUUUAUAGAAACUAUGCUUGGUCCACUUGAUUACAAAGGGCUUUACAAGGCUGUUGGGAAGGCACUUUUCAGGGCACAUGUAGAAGGGCAGCUUAAGAGUGAGAUCAUGUCCAAGCCCGAACUCUUUGUAGAGACUGAUUCAGAGCUUCCUUUGGCACUUUUAGAUCAAAAGGAGGCUGGCAAAAGACUCUUACUUAUUACAAAUUCAGAUUACCAUUACACAGACAAAAUGAUGCGGCAUUCCUUCAACAGAUUUCUUCCCAAUGACAUGGGUUGGCGAGAUCUUUUUGACAUGGUCAUUGUCUCUGCUAGGAAGCCAGAAUUUUUCCAAAUGUCACACCCCAUGUAUGAAGUGGUGACGGGUGAGGGUCUAAUGCGUCCAUGUUUCAAGGCUUGUCCAGGAGGCUUAUAUUCCGGGGGAAGUGCUCAGAUGAUUGAGAAUUCCCUUGACAUCCAUGGAGAUGAGAUACUGUAUGUUGGUGAUCACAUAUAUACAGAUGUAAGCCAAUCCAAAGUCCAUCUUCGAUGGAGGACAGCAUUGAUUUGCCGAGAGUUGGAAGAAGAGUAUAGCGCUUUGAUUUGUAGUAGAGAUCAUCGAGCUACGCUGAUUGAGCUUAUAAAUCAGAAGGAAGUAGUAGGGGAUCUCUUUAACCAACUUCGGCUGGCUCUGCAGAGGAGAACUAAAGAGCGCCCCGCUCAAACCAUUGCCGCUACUCAUCUGAAUGAUAAAGAACUCACAGAAAGCAUACAGAAGUUACUUAUAGUAAUGCAAAGACUAGACCAGAAAAUUGCUCCGAUGUUGGAGGCUGAUGGGGAGCACUUCAACAGAAGGUGGGGUUUUCUUUCACGGGCAGGUCUGUGGGACAAAAGCCACUUAAUGAGGCAAAUUGAGAAGUAUGCUGAUAUUUAUACCUCGAGGGUUUCAAAUUUCCUCCACUAUACCCCUUUCAUGUAUUUCCGCUCACAGGAGCAGAAUUCAGUUUGUUAUUUGGCUAACUUUGCUGUGAUAUUUAUGGUGAAUGUGCUGUUUGAGGACAAGGGAAAGCUGAAGUUUUCGGUUGAGGCAGACAUGGGGGCUUUGAUCAUAUUAAUGAAGCAGCCCCUAGAUAGGAAGGAGUUCGGUUCUAGGGUUGUUCUUCUGAGCCAAUCAACGGUGAGAAGCGGUGGUGUUUCUGUGAGAAGCAUCUGUAUCAAGAUUAGCGACAGUCAUACAACUCUUUUUGGUGUGAGGUCUCCGACGAAUUCAAAGACUAAUAAUAAUGGGGUUGAUGAUGGAAGCUAGCGAUUUCAGCUGGAACCUAAGGGCUUUUGUGAUGAAAAUACAAAGGAAACCGAUUGAGGGAAAGUGAGAGGGGAAGAAAAAGAUCGAAUAGGUUCGAAUGACUUGGAUGUUGAAGGGUGCUAUGAUGAUCCAAAUGAGUUGAUUCUUCUUGAUGAGAGUGACAAUAAUGAGAUUAGCUCUAUGGAUUCACUACUCUAUUGUUACUUGGGAGAGAAAUCGUAGUGUUAAUCUGAGGAGGUGUAUGGAAGUAUGAACAGGAUUUAUGGGAAGACUUUGGAUGAGGAGCAUCAAAGGGGUAGUCAAGCCUAUAAAGCUAUUAUUCAUGCACUACUUCGCACCUUGGAGGAAUAUGGUAUGUCUCAGCUUAAUUCUGUAACAGUUCUAGUUAAAUAGGAGAGAG